AUGCUGGCUGCGCGUUGUCUCCGUUCCGUUGCUCGCACUGGCAACUAUGCCCGUAUUCCGCGGUCGCUGAUCGCGAGGAAUAUGAACUCGAAAGUCAAUGGCCCCGUCAUUGGCAUUGACUUGGGAACAACGAAUUCUUGCGUCUCCGUUAUGGAGGGCAAGACGUCACGGGUGAUUGAGAAUUCGGAGGGUGCACGGACAACACCGUCCGUUGUCGCAUUCACGAAGCAUGGCGAGCGGUUGGUCGGUCUGCCAGCCAAACGCCAAGCUGUUGUCAACUCGCACAACACCGUGUUUGCUUUCAAGCGUUUGAUUGGUCGUCAAUUCAACGAUGCUGAGGUCAAGGAGGAUAUGCAGCAUUGGCCUUUCAAGGUGGUACCCAAGCCCGAUGGACGCCCUGCCGUUGAGGUCGACAACGGCGGAAAAAAGCAGAUCUUCUCCGCGGAGGAGCUGUCAUCGAUGGUCUUGGUGAAGAUGCGGGAAACUGCCGAGCAGUACCUCAACAAGAAAGUAAACCAUGCUGUGGUUACUGUUCCUGCAUAUUUCAACGAUGCUCAGCGCCAAGCAACAAAAGAUGCAGGACAAAUUGCUGGCUUGGAUGUACUUCGGGUGAUCAACGAGCCGACAGCAGCUGCCCUUGCCUACGGUCUUGACCGUGUGGAGUCGGCCGUGAUUGCUGUCUACGAUCUUGGCGGUGGAACCUUCGAUAUCUCUAUUCUUGAGAUGCAGAAGGGAGUGUUCGAAGUCAAGUCGACCAACGGUGAUACCCACCUUGGUGGUGAAGACUUCGACAUCGUCCUCGUGAAGCAUAUCUUGGACGAAUUCAAGAAGGAGAACGGCCAGGAUCUGGGUCAGGAUCCGAUGGCGAUCCAGCGCAUCCGUGAAGCGGCCGAGAAGGCGAAGAUAGAGCUUUCGUCGACUUCACAGACCGAGAUCAACCUGCCGUUCAUCACCGCCAACGCGUCAGGCCCCAAGCACAUCAACCUCAAGAUCCUGAGGUCGCAAUUUGAGAGUCUCGUGGCACCACUUAUCCAGCGCACCGUCGAGCCUUGCAAGAAGGCGUUGGCUGAUGCCGGCGUGAAGGCGAACGAGGUGAAUGAAGUCAUCUUAGUCGGUGGUAUGACUCGUAUGCCUCGCGUGGUCGACACCGUCAAGUCCGUUUUCGGUCGUGAGCCCAGCAAGGGCGUGAACCCUGAUGAGGCCGUCGCCAUCGGUGCAUCCAUCCAGGGUGGAGUUUUGGCGGGGCAUGUCACUGACAUCCUGCUUCUCGAUGUCACUCCUUUGUCCCUUGGUAUCGAGACGCUCGGUGGCAUUAUGACCAAAUUGAUCCAGCGCAACACCACAAUCCCGACGAAGAAGACGCAGACCUUCUCCACCGCCGCUGAUGGCCAGACUGCCAUUGAGGUCAAGAUCCACCAGGGUGAGCGUGAGCUCGUCCGUGACAACAAGCUCCUUGGCAACUUCAACCUCGUUGGCAUCCCCCCUGCGCCGAAGGGUGUCCCCCAGAUUGAUAUCACCUUCGACAUUGAUGCUGAUGGUAUCGUCCACGUCACUGCCAAGGACAAAGCGACGAACAAGGACCAGUCUAUGACCAUCGCGUCGUCAUCUGGCUUGAGCGACAAGGACAUUGAGCGCAUGGUUUCUGAUGCGGAGCAGUACGCUGAGACGGACAAGGCGCGCAAGAACGUUAUCGAGGAGGCAAACAAGGCGGACUCUGUCUGCUCUGAUACCGAGAAGGCGAUGAACGAGUUCAAGGACCAACUUGAUGCCACGGAGAAGGAGAAGGUCGUCAAGCUCGUUGCUGAACUCCGUGAGAUCGCUGUUAAGGGCCAGGCUGGCGAUGCAUCGGUUACUGCUGAAGCCAUCAAGGAGAAGAUUGGUGAGGCACAACAGGCAUCACUUGGUCUCUUCCAGAAGGUGUACGAGAAGCGCAACCAGGACAAUGCCAACUCUGAGCCGGCCGAGGAGAAGAAGGAUGAGGAGAAGAAGGACUAA